AGCAGCUUCCUCUGCAUAGGAAUUGGACACAACACCUGUCAAAUAAUAAUAAUAAUAAUUAGUAGGAAUUUAGCCAUUGCUCCUUGUUUCAGGCUUAGCUCUUUCAGCAAUUGAUAUGAUCUGAGCUCCAUUUAAGGAAGGGUCUGCCGCUGACUAAUGAGUUGCUACAUGCACAAGGCGGGAUUCGAACUCUUGACACUUCUUAAGCGGACGAGUGAGCUAACCACUCAACCAACUCAAGUUGGUUAACUUUCAUCUGCAUUUUUAAUAGAGGAUUUUGAUCAUUCUUAUUAUGGAAGGUGGGAAUCCUGAUGAUGUUUUAAUCAAGAUUAAUGCAAUGUUGGAGGAAGCACAACCUCUUCUUACUGAUGAAUGCUGCAUCUAUAGGGUGCCCGAUGAAAUCCGCAAGUUCAAAAAAGAUGCAUACACUCCAAAGGUUGUUUCAAUUGGUCCUUUUCACCAUGGGAAUCCAAAGUUGCUAAAGAUGGAGGACCAGAAAAGAUUAUAUUGCAGACAAUUCAUUGAAAGAUCAGAGACAAAGAACUUGAAAAGUUUUGUGAGUUGCGUGCAAGAGCUCGAGCCAGAGGUUCGUCGUUGUUACUCAGAUGACAUCAAACUUAGCAUUGAGAAACAUAUCAGGGUGAUAUUGGUGGAUUGCUGCUUCAUAUUAGAGCUUUUAUGCAGGUACCACCAUAGGGAUGCCAUUCUUCUGCCACCAAGGUUAGGGAAUUUUAUGCACUAUGAUUUGUUGUUGCUUGAGAAUCAAGUCCCUUUCUUUGUUCUUGCGAAGCUUCACAAUCUAGCUUUCCCUUCUACUUUAAAUAGUAGAGGCCAGAACAACUAUCCUUCAUUAUUAUGGCUCACUCUUCAUUAUAUCAUUCCUAAUUAUAUCAUUUCUAGUGAUAAGGUUGGGUUAUCCUUAUCCAAUGUUAGCACAAUAGCUCAUUUCACAGAUCUAUCAAGAAAGCUUCUAUUAAUAUCCUCUCACUUAUUCCAACCAUCAGUCUCUGGAUGCUCAAGAACUGCAGAGGUAACACAUCUUUAUAGUGCAUCUAAGUUGAAGGAAGCUGGAGUGAAUUUUGAAGUAAACAAAAAUAGUCCAUGCUUACUAGACUUGCAACUUUCUGGUCAUACUUUGAGAAUCCCGUUCAUUAGAGUCGACGACAGUACUGAAAUUGUUUUGAGAAAUUUGUUAGCGUUCGAGCAAUGCCACUGUGUUAAUGAAUCCUAUCUCACUGACUAUAUUACUGUCUUUGACUACCUAAUCAACACAGACAAAGAUGUAGAUUUACUGAUUAAGAAAGGAAUAAUUGAUAACUGGUUAAGUGAUAGCAAUGCAGUGGCUGAAAUGUUCAAUGGUCUUGGAGUCAACAUUAUGCAGACAGAUUUUAAUGUGAAAUAUUCAAGCAUUUUUCAAGAUUUGAAUGCUUUCUGUGCUCACCCUUGGAAUAGAAAAGUAGCAACUUUGAGGCGCGACUACUGCAACACUCCAUGGAAGACGGUAGCUUCCAUUGCUGGAAUUUUUCUACUUAUUCUCACCAUCAUUCAGACAGUAUUCUCCAUCCUCCAAGUAGUACAUUAGUACAGGAUUAAUGUUUGUGUUGUGUAGAUUGGAUUGGAUGAUUAUAUGUUCAAAGUUCGCUUAAUGUGAUGGGGUAUUUUAGUGAAUACACAUGUUAUUGUUUUUAGUAUGUGUGUGGUUGUGUGAGAUAAAUAUGUAUGUAAUAUUUGUUAAAUAAUAGUCAUGAACUAUGAUACUAUUUAUAUAAAGAAUUGAAUAGAAUGAAUAUAUUAACAAGUUAAUGUGCUAAAUUGUUCUAACUAGAGCUUCUAUGUUUGAACCUUUUUUUGAGUCAUAACAAAAAACCACAAU